AGCUGUACAUUACAUAGACGACAGAGAGUAGCAGCAGACACCUGCCUGCCUGCAAUGCUCCCUCUUCUUCUCUCUCCAUUGAAACAACAACCUCUUGAUUGCAAAUUGGCAAUUGCAAUACUCUUUCCGUGCAAAAUGUCAGCCUUUCACAUUUCACUUUCUCUAUCUCCGAUGCAAACAAUAAUAUCUUCAUCGUCACUGUUCUUCACUGCUCUCUAAUUUUGACUUCAAUUCAGUCACUGUUAACAGCUUUUUGAAGCUGUUUUGAGAAAGAAGAAUCUUGUAGCUCCGUAAGUGUAAUGCAUUGCUAGCUACAUGGAUCAGUACGAAGUGCUUGAGCAAAUUGGAAAGGGGGCAUUUGGUGCCGCCCUUCUUGUACGGCAUAAACAUGAAAGAAAAAAGUAUGUGUUGAAAAAGAUUCGCCUUGCCCGCCAAACUGAUAGAACACGUAGGUCUGCACAUCUGGAGAUGGAGCUUAUCUCUAAAAUGCGAAAUCCUUUUAUCGUGGAGUAUAAAGAUUCCUGGGUAGAAAAGGGAUGCUAUGUGUGCAUUAUUAUAGGAUACUGUGAAAAUGGAGACAUGGCAGGAGCUAUUAAAAAAGCCAACGGCAUGCUGUUUUCAGAAGAGAAAUUGUGUAAGUGGCUUGUACAACUCUUAAUGGCGCUCGAUUACUUACACUCAAAUCAUGUUCUUCACCGGGAUGUUAAGUGUUCAAAUAUAUUCUUGACAAAAGAUCAAGAUAUACGCCUUGGUGAUUUUGGACUAGCCAAGAUGUUGACUUCAGAUGACCUUGCAUCAUCUGUGGUAGGAACUCCUAGUUAUAUGUGUCCUGAGCUUCUUGCAGAUAUACCGUAUGGUUCAAAAUCCGAUAUUUGGUCUCUUGGAUGCUGUAUAUAUGAAAUGACGUCCCAUAAAGCUGCGUUUAAAGCUUUUGACAUGCAAGCACUGAUAAACAAGAUCAAUAAGUCGAUUGUCGCCCCACUUCCAACCAAGUACAGCGGUGCCUUUCGGGGCCUUGUGAAAAGCAUGCUGCGGAAAAAUCCGGAACUACGGCCAAGUGCAGGAGAGCUACUCAGGCAUCAACACCUCCAGCCAUAUGUACUUAAAGUCAACCUUAAACUUAAUAGCCCCAAACCCAGCAGCAGUUUAUCGACACAAUGGCCCGAACCUGAUUACAUGAAGAAAACGAGAUUUGCCGAGCCCGUUAAUCUCCGUCCAAAAUCCCGCGAUAGGCGGAUGUCAUAUGGCAACGAUAGAACUUUGAAUCCAAGCAUAUCUUUAGGUGACCAAAGUUCACCCUUUUCAACUAAACGGUGUCAAGAUUCCCCUCAUUAUUUGCAAAGAAGAGUGGAAAGGAUGUCUAUUGGAAGCACAUGUGAAGAGUCACCAGUUAGUAAGAAUGUUUCUUCCAAACCUUCCAAUUCUACCAAGAAUCUUAGGUUUACUUCAUCAAAGACAUCCUCUGCUCCUAACAAACGAACUGGGUUCGCCAAGGUACAUGACUCGGUUAAACAAUCAGGCCCGACAAGCAGAAGGGCGUCCCUACCGCUUCUAAAGAAACCAAUCAUCGAUGAUUCCCUAUGUCGAAAAAGUACCGGUUUCCUCGACUGCAUUAACUCCAUGGACGUAUCAGUCAACGCCCCACGAAUCGACAAAAUGGUUGAAUUCCCUCCAAAUAAUGACCUCCUCGUUCCCACACGUAGAACCUCAUUACCCUCUGCACAAGGUUCAUCAUCCCCGCAAUGUGACCAUUCAAUUAUGAAAGAUAAAUGCAUGGUUCAAACAGCUGAUAAAACAUCAGGCAAGCAGAACUCAAACUCCCCAACCGAAUGGCAUGGUUCGGGCAGUGACUGCUCGGACCAAAACGCGACCGCGGGUGCCUCUAGUCGAACCUCGUCGGACCUACGGCGGCGGCGGUUUGACACGUCAUCACAAAAACAACGAGCCGAAGCGUUAGAAGGGCUUCUUGAGUUUAGUGCAAGGUUGUUGCAAGAGGAAAGGUUUGAAGAGCUUGGAGUGUUGUUGAAACCUUUUGGGCCAGGGAAGGUUUCUCCUAGAGAAACUGCAAUUUGGUUGACUAAAAGCUUGAAGGAAAAUACAUUGAAGCAAGAGGAGCAAUUUUAAUGAUGAAAUUAUAUGCUUAAGUUAUUAAAUGCUUAUUUUUAUUAAUAUGCUACUAUGCAUGGACAUAUUCUAGUUGUAGAAACGGUUAUGGUAUGGGUAUGGGUACGGGUAUGGAUAUAGAUACGGUUACGAUAGAUAAGGGUUUUAGGAAUUAUUUCUCGAAUCUCUUGUAAUGGAUACCGGCAUGUAGCUUAAUGACCUUAGUUUAGAUCCGUCUUGAUUUACGACGUAUUUUCCUAA